AUGGUACGAGAAACAAAAGAUAUUCUGAAAGAGUUAUGUGCUUUUAAGCCAUCAUCAUCUGGACCUAUGUUUCGUCUACAACACAGUUGUUAUAUGAUACUGAUUGGCGUUUUACCAGCUGAGUAUUUACCAAUCUUACAGAAAAUGGGUGAGUCACAAGAAGUAAUGUCAACUAGUGAAGAUGACGAAAAUCAAGCUGAAUACAAAGUAUUAAAAUCCGAAAAAGUUGAAUCAAUUCUGAAGCACUUUCCGUCACAAGGACAAUCAGAGGAACUCGAAAAUGCACGUAAAAUUUACUUUGUUUAUGAAGAUAAUUUUAAUUCUUCUCUGGUGAAUAUGAUUGAAAAAGGCUCAUCAUACGAGAAGCUAAAAGCAGUCUGUCGAAAAUACGAACAAACAGAUGGAGUUAAUAUCGAUGAAGUAAUGGCUGAGCAUGAGAGUCGUGCCAAUCAAUCAUAUUCACAGUUCAAAAAUAAAAAUUUGUCUAUUGAAGAAGCAAAAGCUUUAGCGUUCUCUAUUUCGUUUUACACUGGUGCAAAGAGUGAAACAUGUAGUCGAGGUGCCAGACUUCUGGCUCAUAGAAAUCAUGGUGAAGCUAUUGAAGAACAAAUUGAAGAAGAAAUGAAUGAAGCAGCUAUUAUUUUGUAUUACUUGGUCAAAGCACUUUCGUACAUACCCUUUUACUGGGGCUAUGUUACAAGAGCUUGUCAACUGACAAUGGAAGAGCUGUUAAUCUACGUACCUGGUAGUUUAAUUACUUGGAUUCAAUUUAGUAGCUCAAAAAAAGGUAAAAAGGCAGUGGGUUCAGGAGCUUUUUCAGACCGAAAUACCCUUUUUAAAAUCUUCUCAUUAACUGGUCGUCCGAUUAAAGAAUUUUCUAAUUAUCCAGACGAAGACGAAGUUUUAUUUUUACCUCAUUCUACUUUUCUCGUUUUCAAUCGAAAAACCGUUUAUGCAGAAGGAAAACAGUUUACCUCCCUUUGUAAUAUUUGUCGACAAUAUGAAUAUGCUUUAUUAAGUUUCUCUUUGCCUAUGAUUGCAGAAAAUGAUACAAAUGCUAAUAAAACAACUGCUACUACUGCCGAUAUUUAUCAUGGCACAAGUAGUGGUAACAAUUUUAGUGCUUCCGUACACACAACCAGUAAAAUGAUGCACAAUCCAGCAAAUACAAACAUCGACAAACUGUUAAACAAUUGUAGAAUGCGACAUUUGACGGAUAGUCCUUAUAAUGACUCAUAUGUCCAUGAUAAAUUAGGAGACAUAGCGUGGAUUCCAGCUAAGGAUCGAUGUCAACUUUGUGAAGAAGCUAUUGAAAAUGAAGGUGCGGCAGUAUCAUCUUGGAUGAGUGUUUCUCGUGGUGAAAGUGAAUGGGCUAAUGGAUUUGUGGAUUUUGGUCCUGUCACUGAAAAUCUUCGUGACUUUCUUAAUAUGAAACUUGUCAAACAAGAAAAACUUCUUAAAUAUCCAUUGUGUAUUGUAUAUGUUUGUGGAUUAGAUCAUUUUAAUAAAUGUCUUUAUGUUCAACUCAUGGCACAACAAGAUAACAUAUCAUGUGCUAUAGUCUACCGUCAUGGAUAUGGCGAAGAACAUAUUAAUCAAUCAGACAAAACAUCAAAAAUCAUUUACAUUCCAUUAUCAAAGGAACGUACAAAACUCACGGAGGUCAGUUCAACAGAAAUUCGCAACUAUUUUCAAAACCCAAGUACCAUGAACGCAAAUGUCGAACAAAAUAUUCAUCCCAAUGUUCGUGAAUACAUGAAAAAGAAAUAUGGAAAAAAAUAA